GUGCCUCCAUUUCAGCCCAAAACAAGGGUAGCUCAAGAAACGGCAGCAAAGAUAUCUAGCUUCAAUUACCUUUGAAAUUUUAAUUCAAAUGGAGCAGGCAAGGUACUGGAUGUGGACUAAGCAUAAACCAAGUUUGAGUACUUCUUCACAUCUCCAAGCAUCGACCGCCGCGAUCGAUGAUUCUUCAUGGGAAGAACAAGCUUUUGCAGAAGAUGCAUCUGGACCUCUUGGAGGGUGUAUAUGGCCUCCAAGGUCUUAUUCUUGCAGCUUUUGUAGAAGAGAAUUCAGAUCAGCACAAGCUCUAGGUGGUCACAUGAAUGUCCACAGGCGAGACAGAGCUAGACUAAAGCAAUCUCCAAGUCAUGACCAUCCACCACACCAUGAAAUUCUUCAACAAGAUCGACCUCAUAAUCAUCAAAACCACCAAUAUUUCAAUUACCUUCCAAGUACUUCUCAUUAUUCAUCAUCUAUAGGGUUUCCAUACCCAUCUCAGAUUUGUACUUUGGUUUGUAACCCUAACCCUAAUCUUGAUCCAAUGAAUAUUCUUCCUUCACCAUCGUCACCUUCUACAAUUUCAGCUCCACUACUUGCUCAAGAGAAUUGUAGCGAACGCAAUUUUUUCCCUUCAAAGUCUCCAAAAACAUCCCCUCCACCGCGGUCGGAUUCAAGGACUAUUGAAAAGGAGAGAAAUUCAAGAAUUCAAGCAUCUGGAUACAAGAGCAAGGUGGAGUAUUUGAAGACGGAUUUGUCGGUGAGUUUGAAUUUGGUUGUUCGAAGAACUUGUCCCAGCUUAUCGGACGGACAAGAGGAGGCGGACAUGGCGGGGUGCAAGAGAAGGCGAAGCGAUCAUCAUGCAUCUCCAUUGCCUUUUUUCCUCAAGAGAAGAGCAGUUGAUGUGCAAUAUGUACAAGGUGGAGAUAAGUGUGACUUCAUUAGCCCUACCUCCAGGGAUGACUUAGAUCUUGAACUCAGGCUCGGUGACCCUCCUAAGGUAAAGUAGACAUAUAUAUAUCCAGAUUAACCAUGAGUUCUAUAUAUAUAUGAACGUAUAGUACUAUGGCUCUUUCUUGCUUGAUGUA